AUGAUAUUAAAGAAUAUUAAAGAAACAAAAAUUGGAAAGAAGAUUGACAUAUUAUUAAAACUUCGUAAUAGUUCAAGAGAAAUACUAGCUGGUGAGGUCACUAGAACAGGAGAUAUUUACAAUAGAAAAUAUUUAGGAGAUAGAAUAAAACUAUUAAAACUUAUGAAAGAUAUGUUCGAUUUAAUGAUUGAAUCAAUUCUACCAAUCACAAUUGAAAAUUAUAAGAGUCUUUGUAUAUUUGGAAUACAACUUUUCAAAAAUAAAGGCACUAUCUACAUUAUGGAUUGCUCUAGAGGAGUUAUUGCACGAUUAACUAAGAAAGCACAAUUGAAAGCUCUUAUAUAUAUUGAAGGCAUUUGCGAAUUAAUUUUGUCUAUAAAUGCAAUUCGAGAGAUCUUUCAUAUAAUUGAGAAAAUAGAAAGUGACAAAUUAGAGGCCCAAGUCUUUCAAAGAAAUAAUACAGAUUCUCGAUUACCACUUGUAGGAACUAUGUCAACUCCUUGGACCUUACUUAAUAACUAUAUGUAUUUUAUAAUACCAAACAUGUUGCAAAAUAAUCCAGUUUUAUUGAGACUUCUGUGA